AUGGCGUCUACAAGAAUCUUCUGUUGUGGAAGAACUCUCCUAAAACUUCGACAUUUUUACCCCUCUCAUAAAAGAUUUUGCUCUCAAAAGUUACUACAGACAAAAUUUAAUUAUCAAAGAACUCGUAAUAGUGAUUUAUAUCGACGUUUUGGGUCUACUUCAACUGGCGAAGGAGAAGAUAGUGAACGACUGCUCCACAUCAGUGAGAAGUGUGUCCAGCAAAUGAAGAAAAUAACAGCUGAUGAAAAUGACAAGGAUAAAUUUUUGAGAGUGUUGGUUGAAGGUGGAGGUUGUUCUGGUUUUCAAUACGUCUUCAAGCUGGAUAACAAACAAGAAGAUGAAGACAGAGUGUUUGAAAGGGAAGGUGUCAAGGUUGUCGUUGAUGAGGCUUCGCUAGAAAUUAUUAAUGGAUCAACUAUUGAUUACAAAGAAGAACUCAUAAAAUCCGCUUUUGCUGUCGUUGAUAAUCCUAAAGCAGAAAUGGGCUGCUCAUGUGGAGUGUCAUUCUCUUUAAAGUUAUAGUAUAAAGAAAAUAAUCUUUAGUGUAAAUAUUUAAUAGCCUUUCUAAGAAUAAGUACAAUAUGAAGUUGUUGAAUGGGGUUGAAAAUUUUGAGUCUCUCCAACCCAGGGCAAAGUCCCCUUCACAGUUCCCUGCCCCAUCUUGAAAGAUAGCCAUGCCUUUCAAUGGUGAGCUUGCAAUGAUAAAGACAUGAACAAUAAUUGUCCAAGAUGUUAAAAAAGGGUCUCAAUCAUUGCAAGCUCACUGUUUGUCUCACAUCGAUGCAAAGGCACGGCUACCUUUCAAGAUGGCGCAAGUAAAGGGACUAUGAGGGACUAUUUGAAGUGCUAGUUAAAAUUGAAGUGAUAUUAUGGUCAUUAAAUCCUGGGGUAGAAAUAUUUCUAUGAGUGAGUAACCUUGUUACUGGAAAUCAUGAUAGGGAUGCCCUAUCAGUAGUUUACACUCACCUCACCUGGUACCUCAAUUCCUAGACUUGGCACGCCACAUGUAAAUAGAGCUUAUUGGGUCUCUCCCUUGAUUUUAACUCUCCUUCUCCAGCUUCUGCAGUUUUAAUUUUCUAUCUGCAAAACCUAACAAGCUAAAUUCCAAUUCAAUGCUUUGGUGCUAGUGUCACAUGGUAUAAAUCGUGUUGGAUUGUGUACAAUUACCAAAGAGGUUGGACAUUGUUCUCGGAUUUCUGUACAAAUGUACUGACUUUUGAACAAAUCAUUAACUUGGUUUGUUUGUGUUCCUCUAAAUAUUAGUAAAAAAAGCUUCAAUCAAGUUAGAAAAAUUAUAUUUUGCUUGUAUUUAGGAAGCCAACUCAACAAAUCAAGUAAAUGAUUCAUUUAAAAGUCAGUACAUUCGUAACAAAAUCUGGGAACAAUGUCUGAACUUUUUGGUGAUCAUAACACAAUCCAAUUAAAUGUAUAUGAUCUGAUGGCUUGUACUGAAGUGGUAAUUAAAUCUAUGAGUUAGCUGUGCACUGACUUUGAUCAGCCAUGUGAAGAGUUCCUUUAAUAGACCAAAUUCACAGCUUUCCCAUUUCAGACCACGUCAUUCCCUAGAGUAUAUUUCCCUAGUUAAUGGUUGCACAUGAGAAGACACAUGAAUAAGGAUAAUAUUAUACAACCUAAAGAAAGAAUAUUAUUCUAAAGAGUGACAUAUGGUCUGAAAUGGGCAAAACAUUAUGCACAAGUGGAUUUGGUCCAUUUGUACACACUGCCUCACUGUUUAUUGUAUGUAUGUUCAUAAUCACAAUGAAUAAUAAUCAUUAUUAGUAAAAAGGUAAUACCUAAAAAUUAUUGAUACUUUGACAAAUAAAUAAAAGAUUCAAUUAAAAUAACCAUAUGUGACAUGAACACUGCACUCUUUUUUGAUACUUUCCAACCAGUCAUAGUAUGUAAAGCUAGACUACAACAUAAUAAAUUAUUAUUACCCUGUAAAACA